AUUCGGGUCUGAGGGGGGGGUCAAGCCUUUCGUCAGACUUCGCUACCCGGCAUGCAGCGCGCCGAGCAAAUCCCUAAAGAGGAUUUUCCGCGGGAUCGGAGGACGACAUGCCGUUGAAGCGGGACGACACCCAGCGAGCGUUGCAGCUGAUGGAGGCCUGCUCGGAUGGGGUCAAAGGGGAAGAGGCGCAGAAGCUGCUCAACAUCUUCCAGAGUGACCUCUUUCAGGCGUUGCUCGACAUCCAAGAGUUCUACGAGCUGGCCGUGUGUGAGAGCCACGCGCCGAGCCCUCCGAGGACACCUGUGCAGAAGUACAGUUACCAUGACGACGACGACCAUGGAGACGUGACUGACGGACACGCCCCCGAGUUCGCCCGCACACACCUGGACACGCUCGCACAGCCUGCUGCGCUCACUAUGAACGGAUCUGAAGGAGAGUUGGAAUAUGAGGAGAUCACACUGGAGAGAGGCAACUCUGGUUUGGGCUUCAGCAUCGCGGGAGGGACUGACAAUCCUCACAUUGGAGAUGAUCCGUCCAUCUUCAUCACCAAGAUCAUUCCCGGGGGGGCCGCCGCCCAGGACGGACGUCUGAGGGUGAACGACAGCAUCGUGUUCGUCAACGACGUGGACGUGCGCGAGGUCACGCACUCGGUGGCCGUGGAGGCCCUGAAAGAGGCGGGCCCCGUGGUGCGGCUCUACGUCCUGAGGCGACGCCCGCUCGGCGAGCACACGGCCAAGAUCAAGCUGAUGAAGGGACCCAAAGGUCUGGGCUUCAGCAUCGCCGGCGGGAUCGGGAACCAGCACGUCCCGGGAGACAACAGCAUCUACGUCACCAAGAUCAUCGAAGGCGGCGCAGCGCAACGGGAUGGCCGCCUUCAGAUCGGCGACAAGAUCCUCGCCGUCAACCAUUUAUCUCUCGAGGACGUCCUGCACGAAGAUGCCGUGGCGGCCCUGAAGAACACGGGCGAGGUGGUGUACCUGAAGGUGGCCACGCCCACCCCGCACUACAUCCACUCAGCCGAGCGGUUCAGCCCCCCGGACCUCACCAGCUCCUACAUGGAGCCAGACUACAUGUGCGAUUACCCGCAAGCCCUCCCGCCGCCGUCCCCCCGCCGCUACUCUCCGCCGCACCGCGGCAUGACGGGCGAGGACGACUACGGCCGAGAGCCGCGCCGCGUGUGCGUGCAGCGCGGCGCCAGCGGCCUGGGCUUCAACAUCGUCGGGGGCGAGGACGGCGAAGGGAUCUUCAUCUCUUUCAUCCUCGCCGGGGGCCCCGCCGACCUCAGCGGCGAGCUGCAGAAGGGUGACCAGAUCCUCAGCGUGAACGGGGUGGAUCUCAGGUUCGCCACGCACGAACAGGCGGCGGCGGCGCUGAAGAACGCCGGUCAGAAUGUUACCAUAGUAACACAGUACAGACCCGAGGAAUACAGCCGCUUUGAAGCCAAGAUCCACGACCUGCGGGAGCAGAUGAUGAACAGCUCGCCAGGAAGCCUGCGAGCCAACCGAAGUUUCUACGUCAGGGCGUUGUUCGACUACGACAAAACGUGGGACUGCGGCGUCCUGUCCCAAGCGCUGGACUUCAACUUCGGGGAGGUGCUUCACGUGAUUGACAGCUCCGACGACGAAUGGUGGCAGGCCAGGCGGGUCAACCAGCAGGGCGAGCUGGAAGAGCUGGGAUACAUCCCGUCCAAGCACAGGGUCGAGAGGAAGGAGUGGUCCCGGACGAAGGGUCGAGGGCCGGUCCAAAGCUACGAGGCAGUGGGGCAGACGGAAGUGGACUACGCCAGACCCGUCAUCGUCCUGGGCCCCACCAAGGACCGAGUCAACGAUGACCUGCUGACGGACUUCCCGGACAAGUUCGGCUCCUGCGUGCCACAUACGACUCGCCCCCGCAGGGACUACGAGGCGGACGGGCGGGAUUACCAUUUUGUGUCGUCCCGCGAACAGAUGGAGCGUGACAUCCAAUCGCAUCACUUCAUCGAGGCGGGCCAGUACAACAACCACCUGUACGGCACGUCGGUGCAGAGCGUCAGGCAGGUGGCCCGGCAGGGCAAGCACUGCAUCCUGGACGUGUCGGCCAACGCCGUGAGGAGGCUGCAGGCCGCUCACCUCCACCCCAUCGCCAUCUUCAUCAGACCGCGAUCCCUGGAGAACGUCCUCGACCUGAACAAGCGUCUGUCUGAGGAUCAGGCCAGGAAGGUUCUAGAUCGAGCCAUCAAAAUGGAACAGGACUUCCUGGAGUGCUUCACUGCCAUCGUGCACGGCGACACUUUCGAAGAGGUGUACCACCAGGUCAAGGUGGUCAUCGAGGAGCAGAGCGGCCCGUACAUCUGGGUGGUGACCCGCGACCGGCUCUGAUCGGUCCGCACAGGUCUCCGUCCUCCCCCGACCCUCCCUCCCCCUGUGCACAUGUUGUGUAUCCAUGGCGACGCCAGAGCAACCAAGUGUGAUCAGUGUAGAGUGUAGGUAAUGUUUAUAUUCUGCUAUUUAUUUACAGAUUGAUUGAUUGGAUGUGCUAUACACACACCGUGUGCACGUGUCAAUUUAACAAUGGGGCUCAAACACACACACGUGUUCGGGGCUGUGACGUCACAACGCUUUGCUUUGAGCACAAACGCUGGACUACGUCUCCCGCAAUCCCUUUGUGCAUCAUCAUCACCACCACGGCGGCGGCGCCCCCUCAACUCUCCGGCACGAACUCGGUGAGCUAUCGCCAACGGCUCACGACUGUUCAUCGACGCUGCGUCAAGCGGGAGGAAAAAUGGCAAAGGAAUUUGUGGAAAUCUUGGAAUAAAUUGCUAGGAAAAAAAAAAAAAAACGCCAAGUGUGAGUUGUGGCUCCAUGUCAA